AUGACGUUUUCCAUAAGACCAAUAGAGGAAAAGGAUAAAGCGGAAUGGUUGGACAUGUGGAACGGUAAAGGCUCCUACCUGGAAUUCUAUAAAUCUCUGGACAUCGUCACCCCAGAGAUCACAGAGGUGACUUUUAAGAGAUUCUUCGACCCGAAUGAGCCAGUUUAUUGUGUCGUUGCAGUUGACGACGAUACCGGGAAGCUGAUUGGGUUUGCAACUUAUCUGACACAUAGAAACACUUGGACCAUUGAGGACAGCUUGUACUUGAACGACCUGUUUGUGAGAGAAGACUCGAGGUUGCACGGUGUUGGUAGAGCACUCAUUGAGAAGAUCUACUCGGAAGGUGACAGGCUGAACGCUCCGCAGGUUUAUUGGGCCACUCAGUUUGGCAAUCAUAGGGCACAGAUGUUGUACACCAAAGUUGGUGUCAAGAGUGGGUUUCUCUUGUAUAAAAGGCCUUGA